UCAGGCGGGUGCUGGGUCAUGCACGCUGUGCUGCCCUCCUGUGCGGCCCCAGGUGAAGAUGGGACUGUCGCCUCAGUGUGCGCCAACACCUCCCCUGUCCCCCACGUGCGGGUCGCAGGGCCAGCUCCCUGUGCGGCCUCCUCCCUGCCGGGUCACAGCCCCGCCGCGCUGCCUACCCAGCAGCCGGGCUAUUUAUAGCUUCAGCUGCUCUGUGGCUCCUGGGAGGGCCCGGGCGGCUCCAGGCCGGGCUGGUGGGCGCAGGACAGCUCACCCCGCACCGGGGCCAUGGCUGGGCAGAGCUUCCCCUUCACGACCUCCGCCCUGCGCAGCCUCCGCCUGCAGCGUGAGUGGCUGGAGUGGGAGGACCGGCGGCGAGCGGUGGCCCGACGCUGCCGUAGCCACAGGGACCCUGCCGAGGCCCGGGUGCAGCUCGCCAAGCCCCACCGCCGCUGCCGCGACCCCGCCGUGCACAGCGCCCUGUUCGCGGGCGACCUGCAGCAGGUGCAGGCGCUGUUCCAGGAUGAGGAGGCCGCCAACAUGAUCGUAGAGACCGUGAGCAAUCAGCUGGCCUGGUCGGCAGAGCAGGGGUUCUGGGUGCUGACCCCCAAGACCAAGCAGACGGCGCCCCUCACCAUCGUGGCGGCCAGAGGCUACACGGACUGCGCCCGCCACCUGAUUCUGCAGGGUGCUGAGCUGGACGCCCGGGUCGGGGGCCAGGCUGCCCUGCACGAGGCCUGUGCGCACGCCCGGCCCGACUGUGUGCGGCUGCUGCUGGCCUUCGGCGCCAGGGCCAACGUGCUGUCAGAGGAGGGAGCAGCGCCCCUGCACCUCUGUACCACACCUGAGUCCCUGGAGUGCGCCAAGCUGCUGCUGGACGCGGGCGCCGCCGUGAACCUGGCCGCGGGGGACGAGGCCACGCCGCUGCACGUGGCUGCCGCGCGAGGGCUGGAGGCGCAAUGCUGAAGCACUGUGCCAACUGCCCCCGGGCCCUGGAAGUCCUGCUGAACGCCUACCCCUGCGUGCCAAGCUGCGACGCCUGGCUGCGGGCCGUGCUCCCGGAGGUGUGGCAGGCGCACGAAGCCUUCUACAGCUCGGCUGGACGCAUGGUGAACCAGCCGCGCCGGCUGCAGCACCUGGCCCGCCUUGCUGUGCGUGCUCAGCUUGGAGACCGGUGCCGUGAGGCUGCCGCCCGGCUGCCGCUGCCCCCACUGCUCCGGGACUACCUGCUGCUGCGCGUGGAAGGCCGCAUUGAGUGACCGGGCAGCCGGCCCGGAGACCCUCACUGGCCCUGACCUCUACCCACCUCUGCCCUGGCCACCUGAGAUGGCACCCCAUGUUGCCGACCUCCCCUGCCACCCUC